AUGAACAAACGUACGCAAUCUUCGAUUAUAAGCAAUACUAUUUUCCGCAACUUUUUCGAGGCUAAAAUAGGAAGAAGCUAUGAUAAUAAUAGAAUAAAGUUUUUGUCCCCUAGGAACAAUAAAGGAUUUUGUCAAGCUAUUGACACUACUACUGAUAGGACGUGUAGUUUGGCGUGUCGGAUAAAGUCAUAUAUGACUCAUCCGGUAUGCAAAAAACAUGACAAACCAAAGUUUGUCGCUGCAAUUCACGCCAAAGAAUAUUUGAACCUCGAUCUUAAGCGCCCUGUUGAAGGAGGCAAUUUUUACAUCAUGCAUAGAAUUGAUCAACCGGAACUUUAUAAAAUUGGUCUCGAUAUUAGCAAUGAAAAUUGUGAUUUCGAAGAUCGUAUCUCACAACAUGAAGAAAGCCCUUGUAACGCAGUUUUCGCAGAAGGGUAUGUUACUCCUAUCCAUGCUGAUUGCCGUUUAGUUGACGGAUUAAUCAAAAAACUGUUGGCUAGUUCGCGAGUUGAUAUUAAAUGCAAUUGUAACCGUAAUCAUAUCGAGUAUUAUGAUGAUAUGGCAUUGUCGAUCUUUGAACGUGUUGAAUACUGGAUUUUCAAUAAUCCAACGGGUCCAAUAACUGACAAGAUCAAGAAUGUAAUUUCCUUUUCUCAUUCUUCUUAG